AUGACUCAUCGACCCGGCUUUAAUAGGCUUCGAUUAACUACCGUUUUUUGUCUCCUGGCCAUUCUGCCUUUCGCGUCGGCCAGUGGAGUUGACCCACGACCUGCCAUCGGCUUUGAUCUUGGGCAGUCCUACGGGUACGUUGACUCUUGCUCAGAAGUCAUUCCAUCUAACGCGAUUAGUACUGCUGUCGCACAUCUGCCUAAUGGAACUAUUGUCAAUCUUGCCAAGAUCGAGGGGAGCCCACGAUAUAGGGCUUUUAUGCAAGGCGAGUUGGAGAAAGGGGAUUACCUGGAACAAUAUGAAGAGCGUACCAUAUCCAGUCUAUUAUGGGAAGAAAUCUUGAUAUUAUUGAAUCGAUAUACCGGGCUUGGCCCAACAUAUGGCGGCAUAAUCCUCGCCGAGAUGCUUAGAUCGCUGCGAAUUGCAUCAGAAGCCACUCUUGGAGGACCUCUGCCAGCCACUGUCGUCUUUACUGCGCCAUAUAUGCGUGCCUGGUACCAGCAAGAAAGAUUAUUGGAUGGUUUACUGCAAAGGGCGCGCAUACUGGCGGGCCUCAAGCCUGUAACGAUUGAAAAUAUGGAUCCUGUCUAUCUUGGCGAGACUAAUACUUUUCUCGCUGCCAACGGGCGCCGGAUAUGCCCAAAGCUUCGUUGUUUCGACCCUAGUAUAUUUGAUGAGCCUCCAUGGGCCUACGAAACUGAGCCUUUAAUUACACACCAAAUAGUAUAUUUUGUUAGGCAAGUACCGUUUUCUUCUGUUACCGCGACAAAUGAUGUGCUGCUAACGACAUUGCUUAGCUUCACCAAUCACUCUCUAUACACCUCCUUUCAACAAGCAACGUGCUACUCUUUUUCAGCUUCGAGUAAUCGAUUAGGAACCAUCAAUCCUGAACUUGGCUUAUACCAGCAAGAGCACGCAAGUGACGAGGAAAGCUUUUGGCGUAAACUUGAAGAUUACCUUGUAUCCCAAGCUGAAGAGUACGUCACCAGCGGUGAUUUUAGCGGUGAUUUUUCCCUGGGAAAGCACUGUAUAGUGCUUGUAGCGGGUGAGGCCGCGGAUAACCCAAAGUUCAUGGACGCCGUCAGACAAGCCAUCACGCGUAUACAAAACCACCCUGUUCACAGGUAUAAGGAUGCUAUGACAGGCCCAAAGGUAGAGUUGCUAAUCUCCCAGGACCUAACAUACGCGGCGGCUGCUGGUGUUGCGCUCUGGAGGCGGAGCCUGAUUGAUUCGUCGUACUGUGAAACUGUGUCAAGCAUGGGCAAAAAGGACCGUGAUGAGCUAUAA